AUGGCACAUCCAAAAGCAGCAUGGCCAAAUGUUGCCAACACUGGAAGUUUCGUCGCUCACCACAUGCGAUCUCGAUCGUUUACUGAAGGUACGAGCUCUGGCCGAAGCCGACUCCGACGAACAGUGUCGAUCCGGGCGGUCAACGCUCAUCUAGACUCCUCUGAGUCAAUUCCUAGUGACCACAGCUCCCUUUAUCUUGGGCACCUUACUAGUUUCGACGGCUAUGAUGAAGACUACCAAACCGAAAAUGCUUUGCAUAUCACAGAAGGGUAUCCAUCUAGCCAGCUGUUGGAUGCUGCCAAUGGUGUUCAUAUUCGGAAUAUUAAUACUCCUGCAUCUUGUGGAGCAUGGCGAGCUCAUGUUUUGGAACCUAUCACGGAGCAGUCAAGCGUUUCCACGCUGAAAUUCUCUGUAGCACCGCCCCCUAUAGCCGUAAUGAAGUCUGUUAACAGCUCCUUAAAGUCUGAAGCAUCUUACCUUUUCGUACUUGGAAAACGAUACGGGAAUAAGAUCUAUUCAUUCGACGAUUUAGAUAUCCCUUCCAUUCGCCCUAAGUUCUCGUUCGCCUCGCUUCCCACGGACCUGCGUCGAUCUGCACGUUUAUCUUCCUCUGCUGGAAGCUUUCGAGACGACAUGUGGUACGAUGAACGCUAUUCCCCUGUUGAGCCAACUGAGCCUAUAUAUCCUCCCCCUAUACGAUGUCCUACUCCCCCAGGGAUUCCAUCCUUUGGGUCUCCAGAAGCAAUUCGAUUCCAGAUUUCGACUCGCCCUGUACAAUCAUCCGAAGCCGCUGGUAAUAAUCGUCUCUGCUGUUUCUUUGGAUUUCGACGGCUGUUUAGUUUUUCUUCAUGCGCCGCGCAGCCGCCCGCACCACCCCUACCAACUGGAGUAGUUUCGCGUGCUGAUGAUGGAACUUUCGUUCGUGGUCGCUUUGGUACACGAAAUAGCGGGCAUGGUGUAGGUGCUGGGUUGGGGGCAGCAGGGUUGGAAAACCAUCCUUUCCAUCAUGAGUCGCUCCCUAUCGCCUGUCGUCAGCCAAUGGAACGUAGGGUUCCAUCAUCCCAGGAUCAAAGACAAACGUCGCUCUGUUGCACUGCCACUCCUCCUGCCUCAAUCUCUUCCCAGGCGCCACCAAGGCCUUCUUCACUUCGCUCGGCUUCCUCAAGGACUAGUAGCAACUACCCCCUUCCUCGUCGAGUUCAUUUUGUUGAUGGUACACGACCAAAUGAAACGUCUUCUGUCCCAAUUCCGUCAUACAUUCGGUAUCCACCACUCGUUCCGCCUGCACCAGGAACUGUGACGAUGCAUGACCAGCCCACACAAGGCACCGGCAGUGUUACCAUUAAUAACCGCACUUCUGACCCCUGUACACCCUCUUCUCAAACGAUAUGCCUUGGGACAAACUCAUCUGCGGCCUCAUCGCCUCGCUACGAAAGGGAUGAGGAUAUUUCGUUGCUUGCUUGCCUGGCGGACUGUUGUGGACUAUCUGCUCCAUUUCACCAUGCCGUAAGUAAUAAUAACGCCCAUGGUGAGGUGGCGACACAUCGGCGUCGUUUCAAGUUUUUAGAGACUUGGAACCUCAAACCAGCGUCAGCAAGACAAUGGAGGCUGGCUUGGGGUUACCAGCCAUAUAGUUCUGGCUGA